CAGGAGGCCAGGCGCGGCCCCUUCGGCUCCGAGCUGACCCCGUGGAGGGCAGUGUCGUCUCGGCGGCGCUGCAGAGACCUCCACCCAAGACGGCUCCCCCUCCCCGGGCCUCUCCCGUCUUGCCCGCGAGCCCUCUCGCCUCAUAGGCCUCUCGAUUCUAAUAUCUUGGGGUGAGGUGAGAGCAGGCCCGGGGAGGGUGGUUACCGCUGAGGAGCUGCAGUCGCGAUCAAGAUGAUAGAGGUACUGACAACAACUGACUCUCAGAAACUGCUACACCAGCUGAAUGCCCUGUUGGAACAGGAGUUGAGAUGUCAGCCAAAGGUCUGUGGCUUGAGACUAAUUGAAUCUGCACACGAUAAUGGCCUUAGAAUGACUGCAAGACUGAGGGACUUUGAAGUAAAAGAUCUCCUUAGUCUAACUCAGUUCUUUGGCUUUGACACGGAGACAUUUUCUCUAGCUGUGAAUUUACUGGACAGAUUCCUGUCUAAAAUGAAGGUACAGCCCAAGCACCUUGGGUGUGUUGGACUGAGCUGCUUCUAUUUGGCUGUAAAAUCAAUAGAAGAGGAAAGGAAUGUCCCGUUGGCAACUGACUUGAUCCGAAUAAGCCAGUAUAGGUUCACGGUUUCAGACAUGAUGAGAAUGGAAAAGAUUGUGUUGGAGAAGGUGUGUUGGAAAGUCAAAGCUACUACUGCCUUUCAGUUUCUACAACUCUAUUAUUCACUCCUUCAAGAGAACUUGCCAUAUGAAAGGAGGACUAGCCUUAAUUUUGAAAGACUAGAAGCUCAACUUAAGGCAUGCUACUGCAGGAUCAUAUUUUCUAAAGCAAAGCCAUCUGUGUUGGCAUUGUCUAUCAUUGCCUUGGAGAUCCAGGCACAGAGGUGUGUAGAGUUAACAGAAGGAGUAGAAUGUCUUCAGAAACAUUCCAAGAUCAAUGGCAGAGAUUUGACUUUCUGGCAAGAGCUCGUAUCCAAGUGUUUAACUGAAUAUUCAUCAAACAAGUGUUCCAAACCAAAUGUUCAGAAGUUGAAAUGGAUCGUUUCUGGGCGUACUGCACGGCAACUGAAGCAUAGUUACUACAGAAUAACCCACCUUCCAACAAUUCCUGAAAUGGUCCCUUAAUUGGAUUCUUACAGCAACAAAAAACUCUUCUGAAGCCUUUCUCCACAAUCCUGAGCUGUGGAUUCCAUAAUGUUAUAAUGGAUUUAAGCUGUGAAGCCUCAAAACAUCACAAGCAGAUUAACAUUGGUGUUCUCAGAUUUGGGAAAACUGCCUAAUUAACAUUACCCUAUAGUGGAAUUACUCACAUUUGAAUUCACCUGUGAAGCAUACAAAUCAAAGCUAACAGCAUAAAUGUGAAAUACUAAUGACAAGCCUGGGAGGGUAAACUGUGAAUCUUCAUUUCUAACAUUGAUCCAACUUUCUGUAUUGGGUCAAUAUAUUGUAUUUAGGUGGUGUAAAAACAGUAACCUACUUAAUUUAAAUUUAAACUUUAAAUUUAAAUAUGAGGUUUACAUCAAAACCACCACUUCACAAACGCACUUUUAAGGCAUAAUAAGGGUCAGUAUUCUAGGCAGUGAAAAUGGUUUCUUGGCACCCAUAAUGCAAGUAAUAUAUAAUCCAGAGAUGUGGACUUUAUUGCUACAUGGGAAUCACAUUUAAAUCUGAGGGCAUUUUAUAUAAAGCAAAACUAGACCUAUUAAUUUCAGCAUAUUAAUUUAUCUUUAAUAUUUUUCUAGAAAACAGGUAAUGUUUAUAUCCAUGAUUUUAAAAGUUUUAUACAAAAUUUACUGCCUGUCUAGUCCCGUCAAGAAAAUUAGAAAAUUAGUUUUUAUUGUAGUAGUAACUCAAAUUAACGUCACUCUGAAAACUUUCUGAUUUAACACUCCAGAAGUUUUUACUAAGCACUGUUUUUAUGAAACUGUCAUUGCUUCUAAUUUAGAAUUUCGCUUAAAAGGGAGAGAAUAUACUUUCAUUAAUUGCCCCUACUGUGCCAAAAGAAAGUAUUAAGAAAGGUAAGUAGGCAUCUUCAUAAUUAAAAGGUUGCGGAGGUAGUGUUCAGGAUUUCAGGGAACCUAAGGAGAUCUACUGUGUUAAAGUACUAUAAACAGUUAGUGUAAUGUGUAGCCUGAAUCCAUCCAGGAUGGCUGUACCCAAAUUUGACAUCACGUUAUGGGGAGAUAUGCAUUGGAAAAUAAACCAAAGAACCACAGUGUAUCUUAUACUUUUUUGUAAACCAUGUUUUAUGGAUAACUUUCCAGUUUUCCCAAAAGACUGAUAAAUUUCAAUAUUUUGAAUACAUCAGUGUUAAUUUUGAGUUGGCAGAGGUAACCUAACCAACUACCGUUAUGUUUUGGUACUAAGGGAUAUACCUUUCAAUAAAGUUACUGAAAUGCA